GUCUACGUCCUAAUCCUUGAAACCUUUGAAUAUGUUAUAUCACAUGGCAAAGGGGAAUUAUAGUUGCAGAUGGAAUUAAGCUUCCUAAAAUCAGUUGAUCUUUAAAUAGGGAGCUACAUGUAUUCAUAAGGGUCUUUAAAAGUGGAAGAGGGAGGCAGAAGAGGAGGUCAGAGCGAUGCAAUGUGGUAAGAACCCAACCUGCUGUUGCUGGCUUUGAAGAUGGAGGAAGAGGCCUUGAGACAUGGAAUGUGGGUGGAAAGGGCAAGGAAACAGAUUUACCCCUAGAGCCUCUGGAAAGGAACGCAGCCCUGCUAACAUCUUGAUUUUAACCUAGUGAGGUACAUUUUGAACUUCUGAACCACAGAACUGCCAGAUAAUACACUUAUGUUGUUUUAAGCCACUAAGUUUGUGACCCUUUGUUAUAGCCUCCAUAGAAGACUAAUAUAAACAGCAUGGGGAAUCAUGCACCAGCCCUUAAAUGCUUCUGCCCGGAAGUGACAUAUGGCACUUCUACUCAUGUUUCCUUGGCCAGAGCAAGCUGCAUGGGCACGACUAACUUCAUAGGACUGGAGAAAUUUGAUCCACCCAUAUGCCCAGCCUUAGAGGGCAAUAGAAUAUUGGUAAAAUAUAGUAGUAUCUACUAUACCUUUGCCAUCUGCACCUGAUGCUUGUAUCUUUUAUUCUAUUGCAUUAAAAAACAACAACAACAAAGUGCUGGUGGCAACUCUGUAAGUUGAUUUCAUUGUCAACUAAUGGGUUGUGACCCCUGGGUUGAAAAACACUGCUCUACAGACCCUCCUCUGCCCAUGCCUGAUGGACCACAUGACACACCCUAAGCCUAGCUGAUUGGCCCAGGCAUCAGACACCUGACCAAAACUGACCAAUGAAAUUCCUCUCCUGGGGAUUUGGAAUUGGGCCAUUCAACCAGUUCACCGUGGGAAGCUGAGCAGAGGCAGAGUAGAAAUAGGGUCGGAGUGAGAGCCACAUGCAAAGCCAAAAUGAUGGAGGGGCAGAAAAGCCCUGAGUAAGUAGAGAGUUGGUCCACAGAGGCAAUGUAGCAGCCGCACACAGAGCAGUGCAGCCGGGAGAACAUGCAGCCCCAGGGAGAGAGGUGGAGAGAGAGAGCAGCCGCCUGAGAGGCUGAUGGCUUCCCCGUUCCCGGCUCCAGCCCCCGUGCGUCCUGCCUGCAUAUCCUUCCCGGUGUUCAAGAAGGCGAGCCCCAAUGGAAAGCUCACCGUCUACCUGGGAAAGCGGGACUUUGUGGACCACAUCGACCUCGUGGACCCCGUGGAUGGUGUGGUCCUGGUGGAUCCUGAGUAUCUCAAGGAGAGGAGAGUCUAUGUGACACUGACCUGCGCCUUCCGCUACGGCCGGGAGGACCUGGAUGUCCUGGGCCUGACCUUUCGCAAGGACCUGUUUGUGGCCAACGUGCAGUCCUUCCCGCCAGCCCCUGAGGACAAGAAACCCCUGACUCGGCUGCAGGAGCGCCUCAUCAAGAAGCUGGGCGAGCACGCCUACCCUUUCACCUUUGAGAUCGCUCCGAACCUCCCAUGUUCUGUGACGUUGCAGCCGGGGCCUGAAGACACAGGGAAGGCCUGCGGUGUGGACUAUGAAGUGAAAGCCUUCUGCGCCGAGAACCUGGAGGAGAAGAUCCACAAGCGGAAUUCUGUGCGCCUGAUCAUCCGGAAGGUGCAAUACGCCCCGGAGAGGCCUGGCCCCCAGCCCACAGCCGAGACCACCAGGCAGUUCCUCAUGUCCGAUAAGCCCUUGCAUCUGGAGGCCUCCUUGGAUAAGGAGAUCUACUACCACGGAGAACCCAUCAGUGUCAACGUCCACGUCACCAACAACACCAACAAGACAGUGAAGAAGAUUAAGAUCUCGGUGCGCCAGUAUGCAGACAUCUGCCUUUUCAACACAGCGCAGUACAAGUGCCCCGUGGCCAUGGAAGAGGCUGAUGACACAGUGGCGCCCAGCUCGACAUUCUGCAAAGUCUACACGCUGACCCCCUUCCUGGCCAACAACCGAGAGAAGCGGGGCCUCGCCCUGGACGGGAAGCUCAAACAUGAGGACACGAACCUGGCCUCCAGCACCCUGUUGAGGGAAGGAGCCAACCGGGAGAUCCUGGGCAUCAUUGUUUCCUACAAAGUGAAGGUGAAGCUGGUGGUGUCUCGGGGAGGCCUGUUGGGAGAUCUUGCAUCCAGUGACGUGGCUGUGGAGCUGCCCUUCACCCUAAUGCACCCCAAGCCCAAAGAGGAACCCCCGCAUCGGGAAGUUCCAGAGAACGAGGCUCCAGUAGAUACCAAUCUCAUAGAACUUGACACCACCGACGACGACAUUGUGUUUGAGGACUUUGCUCGCCAGAGACUGAAAGGCAUGAAGGAUGACAAAGAGGAAGAGGAGGACGGUACCGGCUCUCCACAGCCCAACGACAGAUAGACUGGGGCUGGCCCUCCCUCCGGGCAGCUCCAGGUCCACUCUCAUGCACUAGGAUGCUUGUUUGUCUUCUUCCUGCCCUGGUUCCCCCUCCCCUUUGUUCUUCCAGCUUCUACCGGGGGCCCCAGUGGUCUUUCAGGUCACGGUGGUGAACCUCUGGCCUCAGGAUUGGCCCCGUCACGAUGCCGACAGGGCCACGUGCACCACCUUCACCACUCUCACUGCAGUCACCUCUCCAUCCCCCCCUCUUUUCCUGUUGACCCCCAGAAAGGCCAACAUGGCUCUGGUCUUGGAAUUUGACUUGGGAUGGGGAGUAGAAAGGGGAAGAUGGGGCGCGAGGGCUUGGAGGGGCGGGGAUGGGGGCUCAAGACACGUGAGAGGAUGUCCACCGUCCCAGGUGAUUAACACAGUUCUGGCAGCUAAAACAUGACCGAAUCGAAGGCCAACCUCUGGCUGGGAGGGGCAGACCGGUGGAUAGAUUCUCCAUGCAGUUCUUUUCGCAGUUUGGACCCACCAAACACCUCUCCCCUUCCUCUCCCAUCCCCCCCCCAUGUCCCUCUGUGACUGACAGUGACAUUGGUGAAGGUUUGUGGACCCCAGGAAUGGAGCAAAGUAGCUGGACUGACUUUCUUACCAGCAGUUACCUAGUCUAAGGCAAGUUGUGUGAAGUAGCCCAAGUCUAUUUCAGUAUCGUCAGGAUGUAAUAUCCUAACUGCCUUGUAUCUUAUGUGUGUGUGUCCUAUCUACAAAUAUGCACAGAGAAAGAGAGAGAGAAGGGAGGGGUCUUCAGAAAGCACCAAGGUCCCGAGGAGGUUUCCUGAAGGGUGACUCUGAGAGAUGGGGGCCGGGUGGGAGGAUGAGAGUCUGCCCAGCUCCCUUCCUUUGUAGACCUAAGAGUGAUCAGUGACCCCGAAGUGAUUACUGGUGCGGGAAGUGAGGGCCACCGGUGUCCUCCUGCCCUUGCAGUUCUCCAGGGCCGGGCUGGGCUGCCCCUGCAGGCUAGGAGAGAGCACCUGAGGUCACUGUGCCCACAGUCAAAGAGGGUCCUUCCCCAGAAGGUGGCAGGGUCCAUCAGGAUGCCCUCACCUAAAAGGAAGGGGGGGGACUCCUUUGUUUCCUUGGGGAGUUGAUGACCGCCCCAGUAGUUCCCAGUGUCAUGGGUACCCAGUACCCAUUGGCUAGUGUUGGUGUGAUUGGGACAUGGGGCAUUUCCAGGGCAACAGGGCAGGCAGACAAUGAGGCAGAAAGUGUUAAAAGGUAUCUGUUUUUGUCUGACCUUUACUGCUCACUUACUGUGUGACCUUGGGCAAGUUCCUUUCCAUCUCUGGGCCUCAGUUCUUCACCUAGAAAACCAAGGGGUUUGACCAGAUGAUCACAAAGGGCCCUCCCAGCUCUGUCUCCAAGAAUUCGUGAACAUUAGAGCUUCUGGUCUGGUGGGUGGAGCCAGAGCCACUGACUCUGAUCUGUCUGCUACCAGCGAGGAUUCACUGGACCCCAGAGGUGGCAGGGCCAUGGAGAGCACCUAGCAUCACCACCCCACACCCACUCCAGGCCUGAGAAAGGCCCUUCUUGGGCUCCUGAGUGGUUGUGUGAUGUCAAGCUGUGGCCAUAGCUAGCAUGAGCUGCUUGGCCCUAGGGCCCGAGUGUUACAGAAGGACAGAGCUUGUAUGAGGUGGGUGGGGGAAGAGCUUGUGAUAAGCCCUCCAGUACUUCACACCCCCUUUGGAUGUCCUGAAGUUUACCUUAUACCCAAGCAAAUAUAUUGAUUCACAGGGCAAGGGGAUCUCUUGCUCCUUUCUAUCCCUGUCCCAUACUUGUGAAAAGGGAGAUGGCAAAAUUUUAUUGUACAAGUUGCAUCUCAACGCUUUUCAGUUCAGCCCCUCCUGGGGUGGACCGAGCAACCAUGUUCCAUGGUGAAAUUACCCAGUUCACGUGCCUGGCACUGUACCCCAGCCCUUCCCUUCUGAAUCUCAUGAAGACUCAACCCUAGGGACCCCUACUCCAGGUCAGAACCAAGUCAGCUUGGGGCAGUCACACACCCAUGGCCAGUUCUGCGGUCCCAGCUGCACCCAGCCCCUCCCAAAACCUGCUGGGCAGUCUGUACCUCAUUUGGGCAGCUGGAGAGUUAAUGAGUUGUUGGAACAAUGCAUGGCAAGCAUAUGCUCUUCAGGGUUGUCCUCUGGAACAUUUGGGGCUGGUAUAAGACCCUUUAGGAUUUGGGGUGAUCACUUGCCUACAAAUAGACCUCUUCCCCCAUCCCUAACCCGGUCACACAAAAGCUUUUUCAGGCUGGUUUCUUGACCUCCUUCCGCCUCAAAAUCACACUCACCAUAUUGGGUUUAUCCCAGUGUUGAACUGAAAUUUCUCCAGCUGCAAGAAGCAUCAUGGGCCCAUUUAGCCUUUUAUUUACUCUUUGGGCCCAGGGUUGCAGAAGGGCAGUGGUCAAGUUCAUUUGAAUUUGGCUUAACCAUCCUUGGUUGACAACUUCUCCACUUGGCGCUGAGCAGUGGAGACACAGAGUUGGGUCAGUCCCAGCCCCUGUCCUCAGGAAGCUCAUGGUCAAGGGAAAGUUUUAUGGGAAGUAGCGAGGGGGCCAUUGCAUUCAGGGUUCCAUGAUCGCUGCUAGUCUGUAUGGUGCCUUGAUGUGAAUUAGAAAUGGUGUCCCUUCCAAGCGGAUUCCACCCACAUUGGAAUGCACAGCUUCUUGAGUGGUCACAGGCUGGAGUUUAGCCCCACUUGCCCCUGGGCUGGGCGCCCUCCUGCACAGACAUGCACUGCAGCCCAGUGGGAUGCUCAGGCUUCUUCCUGAGAGAAAGAACAUACAGAUCAUCUUGCCAAGUUUCUGGUUGGUUCCAGACCCCGCUUCUCCUGCAGUCCCUAAGCAUGACUGAGUUCUUCUCUGCAGGGCCCCUCUCCAUCUGGAGUCAGCCUGUCCAGGGGAACCCUUGAAGUGAAACUGGGGGUGGGGGAGCCCCGCUGGGCUCCAGGCACCAGCCCACAGUACUGGCUCUCUCUGUCCACACAUUUGGAGCCUGUGCUGACCAUGCCUCUCCACACUGAGACUUUGCAGUGGGCCAUGCGGGUGGCAUGUAGAUAGCAGUCUGGGCAGGAAGGGAGAGCAUGGCUCGGGGUGAAAGUCUGCAGGCAGACGGCCAGCUGGACUUCCUCAGCCUUCCAGCCUAGAGAAGAGUUCAGUCGCCGUGAAGAUAAGGACAGAGUUCUUCGGCUGGACCCCACGGGCCUUCUCAGUCUCAGAGCCCAGACAAACUGAGGGUGGGCUCACUUGGGGUCUUGGUUCAUCUGGGGGAGUUGCUGACAAGCUGGUCCCAUGUGGUGCCGUGAAGAGCACCCUGGCCUGCGAGUCCACGAUGCCUGUCCAUGUUGGCUGUUACCACCCAGCUGAGGAGCUCGAGCAACUCAUUCAACCUCUUGGGAUUGGUUUCCCUAACUGUAAAAUGAGACAGCCAUCCCUUUCCCGCCCAACUCGAGGAACUUGUGAGGCCCAGAGGAGAUGCAAGUCAGCUCUGUAAGUUGCACAUGGCUGCCCAGGCUGUGGCCCUGCCGCUGCGGGGGGGGGGGGGGGGGUAGCCCAGGGUCACACAGGAAGUUUGCCACUGGCUGAGCCCUCCCAGCCAUCUUCAUCUCUUGCUCUCGUGUCACUUAGGCAGAGGUCAGCCAGGAUGAGACGAGGCCAGUUUGGCUUUGGUGACCCAGCCAAGAGGGAAAUUCAGAUACUAUUCAGGAAUGCUGUGUCUCCGGGCAGUGGUCCCAGCAACCAAGACAGAGAGACUGGACAUGGAUUGUGUCAGUGAUUGGGGGGGGGUGGGGGGCGGGGGCACACCUUGGUGUCAGAGGCCAGGAAGCGUUGGAUCUGAUCCCAGGUUAGGGAGAGCCUCGUCCCUCAGGCCCAGGGGUGCUAACCCCCCCCACUACCCCACUAGAGAACCCCAAGGGUGAAGUGGAAUAGAAAUUGCUUGCCCCUUCCCUUCAAAGUGUAAGACCCCCUCCAGGAUCAACCAGAGCUGCCAGUUGUCGCUUCUUGGUGACACUUGGGAGGGAUUUGCGUACGGGGAAAACCCAGGCCUCUUACGCUGGGAUCUGAGCCCCAGCUGAUGCAUCCCCGGUUGUUUCAGCAGCCCACAGAGGCAGCUUCCCUCCUGCCAGUGACUGGGGGCUGGACAUCCUCCACCCAUCCCAGAGGAAGGCAUUAGGCCCCAGUCCUGGACUCUCAUAGGGUCUUGUGGACGUAGGCCUAUACCUGUUCUGGUUUUUAAAGUCAGCAAGGACCAAAACAGACUCCCCCGACUCUCGUCCAUAAGCCUGCCUUGGGCCUGGCAUUUUGCUUUCCUGGCCCAGGCAGCUCCCUCACUUUUGUUCUCCUUCCAGGACUGGAAUGGCCUACCCAUGGGGCAGGAUCCCCACCUCUACCACAGGUACCCCGCCUCUACCUGCAGGCUCACUGCACAGUGGCUUCAAAGAGAGGCCCGUUGAAGGGGGAGCAUCCUCCCCCCAUCACUCUCUCCCAACUCUUCACCCUGAAAGGGAAGUCAAAGCACAGAUUCCCCAGGAGCCAUGACCCGUAGACUCUGACACACUGGUUUUCAAACCAGGUGCUGUGGAACCCCUGGUGUGCCACAGAGCUUUGUCAGGGGCUGCUAAGGUGGGAGAAUGGGGGUGGAGGCCAAGGAUAGGUCUCCAGCCCUCCCCGCCAUUCCCACUUCCACCAGAACAACUCUGCUUUUAUCUGUCUUGCCUAUUGAGGUUUCACCUUUAAACUUUCUUUUGAAGAAAAACUUCUUCAAACCACCAUUCUGAGGUUUGAUCUUAGACCAGCAAGCCCAGCUUCUAUUCUUGCAUUUCCUGUUGGAAUGACUCUAGCAUUCCAAUACAAAGUAUCGUCCUAUUGGAACUUGGGUCACAGACCCAGGCCCAAGCAUUUGCUUAUUCACACGCAUACACACACGCGUGCGCGUGCGUGCACACACACACACACUUGAUGGUUUUGUAGCCCACCCCCACUGAAGCUCCGGCCUGGGUUUCAUUUGGGCGGGGGCCUGGUGCUGUGAGGAUGGGUCUUGGCCCUGAAAUUGGCCCAGGCAUUGUGGGGGACCAUGGAGGAAGCAGAGAGGCCCAGCCCCACCCCAGGACUUGUGUCUGUGCCCCAGUGUGACACCCCACUCCCCCGGCCCAGGCCAAUGAGAUGGCAGAUGGACAGCGUGGUGGGAAGAGAAACUAGAGUUAGGUUCCUCUUUAUAUACAGCCAGCUUUAGUAAAAGAAAUGCCAAGGGAGGACUUUAUGACAAAAGUCCCUCCUAUGAAGGCAGGAUUCCUCCAGAGACCCUUUAAGCAGCAAAUUUCCCUCGAGCAAUUCUAAUCGGAUUACAUUCCCACAUCUGCGGUCAACUAAAUGUGUGGGCAACAGGCGGGUGUCUGAAGAGAGGCUGGUUCCCUACCUCCAGUCCCCCAAAUUCUCUUCCUGCUGGUCUGCCCCUCUGCCCAGGUCCCUCACUGGGGCUGACUAAGAGGUGGGCACUUCGGGGAGACCUGGACCAGCCCUUGGCACAGCAUCCUGCCCAGCCCCCACCCAGGGCAUCCAGGUGGAAAUGUGAGACUUGGGGCACAGCAAGCCACGUGGCAUGGGAGAAAGAGUGCCCAAUGCUAUUCUGUGUUCAGUGCGAGUGUGCCCUUGGGAACCUGACCUCAGUUUCCCCUUGUGUAAGAUGGAGAUAGUGCCCGGCUCUGCCCAACUCAAAGGGAUUACUGCAAGGGUCAUGGGAGAGGUGGGUAUGAAGGGGGGCUCACAAAUUCGGGGUGUCGUCACGGCCUGCCCUGGAGAUCCAGGAGCACUCGGGGGAUGAUGGUUGGAUGGACCGUCUUCCUGGGACAUCUCUGCUCAGUGUUGGGGUCUAGCCGCAGAUGCCAGGGGAGGGGGCUGCGUAUUCCUUUCCAGUGGGAGCCGGCACUUAACCUGGUACUGUGUGUGGAUCCUGGGUGUGAGGAGUGACAGGUGGUGGAGACUGGUCUCCAGGUCUGUGGCCCUUCUGUUAAGUGAUUCUUUUGUGACACCCUUAUUCCUGGGCCACCUGCCAGGUUUAUCUGUUGUACCUGUGGCAUUCCUUAUUAUGUCAGAUAAGUUAUUACAGUUUAUUCAACUCUAACAGGACAGUUCUAACAGUUCUAAUGAAAAAAAGAACCAUAAAUAGGAGACCAUUAAAGGUCUUUUAUGACA